AAGAAUCGGAUGAACAAUGCCCCCCGUUCACUGUCGAGAAGUUACCUUAUUGAUCGGAUCAUGAGCUAAAGUAUAUAUACUUAGACCUAUAAGCCCAUUCCCCCUCAUUCCCCGCGAUGAUGGCGUUCAUGUGCGGAGAAGGACUCGACUCGCACUCGCAGCCCCAACGAACCUCGAUAAGCUCUAUCUUCACUAGUCUAGUCUAGACCCAGUUACAGUAGCACUCAACUAUCUCCCCUCCCUCAUUCCCCAAUCUUGGAUUGAAUAACACAUACAUACCCCCAAGACCAAACCACCAGGACCACCCUCUCCCAUAGCAAAACAAACAGACCAAAAAAAAAAAAAAUGUCCAGCUCAGGAGUCAAAACCUACGCCCUCGGCGACUUCAAGCUCACCUCGGGCGAGGUUCUCCCGGGCGCCUUCAUCGCCUACGAGACCUUUGGCGAGCCCACCAGCCCGGCAAUCAUCUACCCGACGUGGUACUCGGGCCGCAUCUCGGACAACCACUGGCUCGUGGGGCCGGGCAGGGCCCUCGACCCGGCGCGCUACUACAUCGUGAUCCCGGCGCUGUUUGGCGGCGGGCAGUCCUCCAGCCCGAGCAACAUGCCGCACCUGCGCGGGACCAAGCCCUUCCCCGACGUCACGUUCCGCGACAACGUCACGGCGCAGCACCGCCUGGCCACCGAGCACCUGGGCAUCGCGCACGCCCGCGCCGUCUUGGGCUGGAGCAUGGGCGCCGCCCAGACGUACCAGUGGCUGACGCAGCACCCCGGCUUCAUGGACCUCGGCGUGCCCUUUUGCGGCAGCGCAAGGACCAGCCUGCACAACCAGGUCUUCCUCGAGGGCGUCAAGAGCGCCCUGCUGGCGGCCAAGGGCGCCUCGUCUGCGGGCAUCUGCGCCGGCGAGAGGAGCGCCGCGGGCGGCUAUCGGAACUGGACGGCCGAGGAGAGGGAGGCGGGUCUCAAGGCGCUCGGGAGGGUCUACGCCGGCUGGGGCUUCAGCCAGGCUUUUUACCGGGAGAAGUUGUACGAGGGGCUGGGGUACAAGAGCUUGGAGGAUUUCAUGGUCGGGUUCUGGGAGGCGUGGGCGUGCUCAAAAGAUCCGGAGAACAUGCUCGUCAUGCUCCACACCUGGCAGGCUGGAGACGUCUCCGCCCAAGAGCCCUACGGCGGGAAUUUCGAAUCGGCCAUGAAGGGCAUCAAGGCCAAGACCUUGGUGCUCCCUGGGAAGACGGAUCUGUACUUUCCGCCCGAGGACAGCGAGUACGAGGUUCAAUGCAUGAACAAGGGUGUCGGCAAGUGCAUUGCUUUCCCAUCGAUAUGGGGCCACUGGGCUGGAGGACCUGGAGACAACAAGGUCGACGUGGAUUGGCUUGAUGAGAGGCUAAAGGUUUUCUUGGGCACUGGUGAAUUCCCAUGAAUGGCCAGUCUUAUUUAUCGUCACCAGCUGCAAUGUGGCUUUGUGAGUUUAACAUAAUACAUAGUAUAUGCCGGGAGACAAUAUUCUCCCAAUUAUUCACCGUCUAACAGCUGCGAUGCGUAUUGCACUAC